GCCGACAUUUCCACCAAGAGCUUAUAACAAAAAGGAACAGAAUCGCUCCAACCUGCCGACAUACUAGCUCAAGCUUACCAUAUUCAUCUGACAACACUAUCCCCACAUUCGUGUAUCACAAUGUCCGUUCAACAGCACUCUGCCUUUGGCGCAGCGGAAUACAUCCCGCCCGACCCCAUCUUUGAAGUCACCAAGCGCUUCAACGCAGACCAGAACCCUCAGAAGGUGAACCUUGGGCAAGGCACAUAUCGCGAUGAGAACGCUAAGCCUUGGGUUCUCCCAUCUGUGAGGGAGGCUGAGAAGCUGAUUGGUAAUGCUGGUCAUGAAUACUUGCCGAUUGAGGGUUUGCAGAGCUUCAGAGAUGAGGCUACCAAGUUGUUGUUCCACGAUACUUCCGCGCUCAAAGAGAAAAGAAUUGCGAGUUGUCAAUCCAUUUCCGGAACUGGAUCUCUCCUCCUAGCCGGUCUUGUUCUUCGCAAGGCCAACUCAGGUAUUGAGAACAUCAUCAUCACAGACCCAACCUGGUCGAACCACGAUCUUCUAUUUAAAGAGAUCGGGUUCAACGUAGUAAAAGCACCCUACUACAAAGAUCGAAGCUUUGACUUUGAAGGUUAUAUCGGCGCCCUGAAGAAAGCCGAUAAGCGUUCUGCUGUUGUUCUCCACGCAUGCGCUCAUAACCCAACUGGCUGCGAUCCAACUCAUGAUCAAUGGAAACAAAUUGCAGCUGUGAUUAAAGAGAAUGGAAUCUUUCCAAUCAUCGAUUCGGCCUAUCUUGGCUUCAACUCGGGUAACUACGAUGAAGAUGCAUGGGCGAUUAAGUACAUCAUCGAAGAUCUCGGCCUCGAAGCUGCGAUAUGCAUGUCCUUCGCCAAGAACAUGGGUCUCUACGGAGAGAGAGUAGGACUUACAGCAAUCGUGACAAAGGCUGAGGAUGCCAAAAGAACGGUGUUCUCACUGCUCCAGAAUGCUCAACGACAGACUGUCUCAAAUCCUCCGGUCUAUGGAGCUAGAAUCGCAGCUACUGUUCUUGGAAACUCUGAGCUCUUGAAGCAGUGGCACAAAGAUCUUGUCACCAUGUCCUCGAGAAUCAGGUCGAUGAGGAAGAAGCUAUAUGACGAGCUUGUGCGGCUGGGGACCCCGGGGGACUGGUCGCAUAUUGUUAACCAAACUGGCAUGUUCGGUUACACUGGUAUUAGCAAACCUCAGAUUGAACGUUUGGAAGAGCAAUAUCACAUCUACAUGGCGAACACAUCUAGGAUAAGUCUUGCAGGCCUGAAUGAUCACAACGUUGAGUAUGUGGCAAAAUCAUUAGAUGAGCGUAAUACAAACCCGAGACCCAAGGUCCCAACCCCUGCCCUUCGCCAGGACAAGCCGAUGCAUGGCACCAACGGUGACAUUCCCGUAGCUAGCAAGAUGCCUGACAUGACAACACUCUCAACUACUACUCGCUCACGCGCCGCUCAAGGCCUCACCCUCACACUCCGCCCUACUUCGCGAGUGCGGCGAGAUAGCCUCAUCGCGCUCGUUCGCUACUCCUCCACCAACGCCGCAGCAGCGCUUGAGGCAACACGCACAAACACACCCGUCGUCAAAGGCGCAGAGACACCACUCUCAGAACUCCCUUCCUUAGUUCUCUACCGCUCUCUCUUGGUCAAUUCCAUAUCCUCAAGACCAUGGCUUCUCAUCCCAUCGCUACAUCUUCUUCAAAAACUCUCCAACCCUACGAACCCAUAUCUCUUCAAUGUUGAUCGCAACCCACUGCUGCGGGGCUUGCUGAAGCAUACGUUUUACAAACAAUUCUGCGCUGGCGAGACAGGCGCUGAGACGCAAUGUACCAUGAAAUCGUUGCAGGAUAUGGGAUUCAAAGGAACGAUUCUUACGUUUGCAAAAGAGACUGUUUUUGAUGCCAAGACUGGUAAAGGCCAGGGCUUUGGUAUUGAGGCUUCGAGCUCGAAUGAGUGCCAGUGGUGUGACAAUAUUGAGGCUUGGAGGGAGGGAACUGUAAAGACUGUUGAUCUGCUUCGUGAGGGUGAUCAAUUGGCCGUUAAGAUGACCGGCGCUGGACCUGGAGUCUGCGACGCCUUCGCCAAUGGCACCGAACUCCCCAAGCAAUUCGUCGACGCCUGCCACGAGAUCUCCCAAAAGUGCAAAGACCGCGGCGCAUACAUCCUCAUCGACGCCGAAUCACAACACUACCAAUGGGGCAUUUUCCGUCUUGGCAUGGAACUGCAACAAAAGUUCAACACGGACGGCAAAGUCGUUCUCUACAACACAUACCAGGCUUAUCUCAAGAGCACCUACGACACUCUGGCCAAGCAUCUCCAAGCUGCUCUGGACAAGAACUUCACACUGGGCAUCAAGGUCGUUCGCGGCGCAUACAUGGCCUCUGAUCCCCGCUCCCUAAUCCACGACACAAAGCAAGACACCGACGACGCCUACAACCAAAUCGCCCAGGGCGUUCUGCGUCAAGAAUUCCGCUCCUUCGGCACCACCAAGCCCUUCCCCUCCGCCCAGCUCCUCCUAGCAAGCCACAACAAAGAGUCGCUGGUCAAAGCUCACGAAACCCACCAGGAGCGCACAAAGGCGGGUCUUCCGACUGUGCCGGUCAAGUUUGCGCAGCUGCAUGGUAUGUCGGACGAGGUUAGCUUCGGGCUGCUGAAGCUAAAGGAUGAUGCGGGGGUGGCUCCCGAGGUUUAUAAGUGUACUACGUGGGGUACGCUUCCAGAGUGCAUGGCUUAUCUCACGAGAAGGGCUAUUGAGAAUAGGGAUGCUGCUGCUAGAACGCUGGAUGAGUAUUCGGCGUUGAAGAGUGAGCUUUGGAGACGGUUGGCUUUUUGGCGAUGA